AUGACGCCGAUGAUCGACAUGACGUUUCAGCUGAUCGCGUUCUUGAUGGUGAUGAUCAACUUCUCCGACAUCGAGCAGGACCAGCGCGUCCAGCUGCCGUCGAGCGAGUUGGCGAAGCCGCCAGAGACGGCUUACGACGAGCCGCUGACGGUUCAGAUGACGGCCGACGAGACGAUCCUCUUUGGCGGGCAGGAAAUGGGGAUCGAAGACUUGAGGUCGGCGAUCCGCCGCGAGGCGACGCUGCUGAAGGCUUACAAGGACAACCGGCUCGACGAGGCGAUGGUCGUGAUCCGCGCCGACCUCCGCAGCCGCACCGGCAGCGUUCAGGAGAUCAUCGAGGUCGAAGUCCCGAUGACGCCGAUGAUCGACAUCGUGUUUCAGUUGUUGGUGUUCUUCAUCAUGUCGUUCAAGAUCGUGCAGCCGGAGGGGGACUUCAACAUCCGGAUGCCGCUGCCGGCGAGNNCGCCGAGCGAGCUGCCGGUGUUCAACCUGCGGAUGGCGGCGGCGGCGAGCGGCGACCUCGAGCAGCUGUCGAUGGACAGCCGCGUCUUCGAGGGCGAAGACCGCUUCGCGAAGCUGCACAGCUACAUCCGCGGCAUGAUCGACGACGCGGGCGGCCCGGGCACGGCGGAGGACCAGGAGGUCGAGAUCAACGCCGACUUCGAUUUGCGGUACGACUACGUGAUGCGGGCGAUCACGGCGCUCUCUGGCUACAUCGAGAACGGCCAGCGGCACCAGUUGAUUGAGAAGAUUCGGCUGACGCCGCCGAAGGAAGGGAGUUAA